ACAAACACCUCGGCAGCACUUGGGCAUAUUUUCCCUGUUCAGAGAUGCUUUUUGCUCAGCAAAUAGGGCAGGGCUUUUAUUUUCAGAGCGACUUCAGGCCAAAGGUCCCAUUUCUCGCAGCAGCACUUGCUGCCUGGCGGCUGUGUCCCUCUGGGGACCCCACAGCUCCCGGCACACAGCUCCUCUCCUGCCGAGCCGAUAAGACUUUGCUUUCCUCUAGUGGGAAACAACCUGACUCUGCAUAUUUGAGCCCCUCGCGGGGGUUUUCUGUUGGGCAAGUACUUUUUUUGGGAACAUUUAGUCUCUGGGCUGCCAGUAACUAAUCCCCGGCCGCUGGCAGGGAGAGGCUGCCCAGCUCCGUGCCGGCUGAGCAGAAGGGCUGGUGCUGUGCCUCGCUUGGUGGAUGUGAAGCCGGAGAUCCCAGUGGGUCACCGCUUGCUGGCAAGUUUUGCCAACCUUUUCGGGACGUCAAGGUGCUGUCAAUGGCGACAAUGACGAUGCAGCUGGGUGGGCUGAUGCUGGCCGUGCUGGGCUGGCUGGGCUCCAUCCUCACCUGCGCGCUGCCCAUGUGGAAGGUGACGGCCUUCAUUGGCUCCAACAUCGUGGUGGCCCAGGUCUUCUGGGAAGGGCUGUGGAUGAACUGUGUGUAUGAGAGCACAGGGCAGAUGCAGUGCAAGGUCUACGACUCCAUGCUGGAGCUCACCUCCGACCUGCAAGCAGCUCGUGCCUUGGUGGUCACCUCCAUCUUUGUGGCCUUCUUCGCCUUCCUCACCGCCAUCUCAGGUGCAGACUGCACCCGUUGCGUGGAUGACAAAAGCACCAAGACCAGGAUCUCCAUCGUGGCAGGUGCCAUUUUCAUCCUGGCCAGCAUCAUGCUGCUCAUCCCCGUCUCCUGGUCUGCUAACAGCAUUGUCAGCAACUUCUACAACCCCACGGUGCCCGAGGCCCUCAAGAGAGAGUUGGGGGCUGCCCUCUACAUCGGCUGGGCCUCCAGUGCCCUCCAGCUCUUUGGCGGGGGCAUCCUGUGCUGCUCUGGACCCCCGUCCCAGCAGGACCCCUAUCCCAAGAAGUACAGAGCAGUGAAAACCUGCAGUCCGAUGGGCUACCCCAUGAAAGACUAUGUGUGAGCCACCGCGCCCAACGGAGAGCACCACUGUCCCCAUCCUGCCUCCAUGUGCCACCCCCCCUCCCUGCCCACAUGCUGCCUCCUCCUGCCCAUCCCCAUGCUGGCCGCACCACCAGCACAGUCCUCCCACAUGUGCCCUUCCCCGGCAUGCAGGGGCUGUGCUCACGAUGGACUAUAAACAUCUUGGUGC